UCCCUUAAUUCUUCUUCUUGCAUGGCGAUUCCAACGUUACAAAGUUCCGCACAGCAACCUUCUUCAUCACCGUCGCCGUCGCUGUCAUCUCUUCCAUCCGCCGUUAACAUUGCCGCCGGUCCGGAGAGAGCAGUUCGUUUCGUGUAUUGCGAUGAGGAAGGAAAGUUCCAAAUUGAUCCCGAAGCCCUUGCGAUACUUCAACUAGUCAAAGAGCCAGUUGGUAUUGUCUCUGUUUCUGGUCGUGCUCGUCAAGGCAAGAGCUUUUUACUUAAUCAGCUUUUUGGCAGGAGUACUGGUUUUCAAGUGUCUCCAACUCAUCGGCCAUGUACAAAAGGUAUUUGGUUGUGGAGUGCACCUUUAAGGAGAACAGCUCUUGAUGGAACGGAAUACAAUCUGUUACUGUUGGACACAGAAGGAAUUAAUGCUUAUGAUCAAACAGGAACACAUAGCACACAAAUAUUGUCCUUGGCGGUCCUUCUUUCAAGUAUGUUUGUAUAUAACCAGAUGGGUGAUAUUGAUGAAGCUGCAAUUGACCGUCUUUCUCUUGUCACUGAAAUGGCCAGCGCUUCGGAGCUUGGACAGUUCUCCCCAAUCUUCGUUUGGUUGCUUAGGGAUUUUUAUUUGGACUUGGUUGAGGACAACCGUAAAAUAACUCCGUGGGACUACCUUGAACUUGCUUUGAGGCCGGUUCAAGGUGGUGGGAGAGGUGUUGCUGCUAAAAACGAGAUUAGGGAAUCCAUUCGUGCUCUUUUCCCUGAUAGAGAAUGCUUCAGCCUUGUGCGUCCUUUGAGCAAUGAAAAUGCGCUUCAACGGCUAGAUCAGAUUCCAUUGGAAAACCUGAGGCCAGAGUUUAAAGCUGGUCUUGAUGCUUUGACAAGAUUUGUUUUUGAGAGGACAAGACCAAAGCAAGUUGGAGGGACUGUUAUGACAGGACCGCUCUUUGCUCGUAUAACUCAGUCCUUCCUGGAUGCUCUUAACAAUGGUGCAGUGCCCACAUUCACCUCUUCAUGGCAGAGUGUUGAGGAAGCUGAGUGUCAAAGGGCAUACGAUUUGGCUGCUGAUAGAUACAUGGCUUCAUUUGAUCGUUCUAAGCCCCCGGAGGAAGGUGCACUAAGAGAAGCACAUGAAAAUGCGGCUCAAAAGUCCAUGACAGAAUUUAAUUGUACUGCUGUGGGGGCUGGAUCCACCAGGAUGAAAUAUGAGAAGCGUCUCCAGAAUUUCAUAAAAGAGGCAUUUGAGGAACUUAAAAAGGAUGCCUUUAGGGAGGCCUAUCUACGGUGUUCAAAUGCCAUAGAGGACAUGGAAAAGGAACUGAAAGUGGCUUGUCAUGCUCCUCAUGGAAACAUAGAUGGUGUUCUUAAGGUUCUUGGUUGUUUAGUAUCCAAGUACGAAGCAACGUGCCAAGGUCCUGAAAAGUGGAGAAAAUUAAUCGUCUUCAUACAACAAAGCGUGGAAAGUCCACUUUUUGAUCUUAUCAAGAAUCAAAUAGACAAGCUUGGAUCAGAGAAAACAAGUGCAGAAGUAUCUGCUCUGAAGUCCAUUACUGCUGCUGCUGAAGCAAGACUGGCUGCUGCCAAAGAACAAGCUGAAUCAGCUCAGGAGGAGGCGGAAGAGUGGAAACUUAAAUAUGACAUUGCUGUUAAGGAAACCCAAUUGAGAGAAGAUGCUUUAAGGGAUGAAUUUUUAAGGACUCUGGCCGAUAAGGACAAAGAAAUAAAAGACAAGACAUCUAAGCUUGAGCAGGCUGAACAGCAUUUAGCAACACUGAAUUUGAAGUUGAGGGCUGCUGAAUCAAAAGUAAAGAACUCUGAUCUAGAAGUUUCAAUCUUAAAGGUUGAAGUCAAGAAAUUGGGUGAAAGGCUAGAGAAUAUCAAUGCUACUGCACAAUCAUUUGAAAGAAAAGCUAGGAUUUUGGAACAGGAGAAGGUUCAUCUGGAGCAGAAGUACCGGUUAGAGUCCAUUAGAUUUGAGCAUAUUCAGUAUAGAUAUGAAAGAGAGGCUAAAAGAGCAACUGCGUUGGCUGAUAAAUCAAGGGCUGAAGCAGCUAGGGCCGUGAAAGAAAAGAAUGAUAUUCAGAGAUUAGCUAUGGAAAGAUUAACUCAGAUUGAGAAAGCUGAGCGACAAAUUGAAAAAUUACAGAGACAAAAAGAUGACCUGGAUUAUGAAGUAAGGAAGUAUCGUGCUGCCAAAGAACAAGCUAAAUCGGCUCAGAAGGAGGCGGCGGAGUGGAAACGUAAAUAUGACAUUGCUGUCAAGGAAGCUAAGAAUGCUCUUGAGAAGGCAGCAUCUGUUAAAGAGCGCGCAAACAAGGAAACCCAAUCGAGAAAAGAUGCUACAAGGGAUGAAUUUUCAAGCACUCAGGCUGUGUUUAGUUUGUUCUAACAGUCAUGGAACACAGUCACAGAUGCAGCCAGGUGCAAGCGGGUUCAUCCGGACCAGUAUAAUUUUUGCCCAAACUAUAGAUACAUAUGUGAAAACUCAUAAAAAGUUUAGCAAAUAUUUUAUAUAAACCCAUAAUUUUAGAAGUA